UUUCAGUUUCGCUACAGAACUCUCAAGACUUCUCAGAGACAGAGAGAGUGCUUCAAUCAUUCCAAUGGAGACGACGACGACGACGACGACGACGACCGCCGAGAAAUCUGUAAUUGUUGUGGGAAUCGACGAUAGCGAACAUAGCUUCUAUGCUCUCCACUGGGCUCUCGAUCACUUCUUCGCUCCCUUCGCUCCCAAUCCUCCUUUUAAGCUUUUUGUCGUUCACGCCAAGCCCUCUCCUUCUUCCGCUGUCGGAUUCGCUGGACCUGGAGCUGCCGAUGUUUUGCCUCUCGUGGAGGCGGAUCUCAAGACGAUCGCAGCUAGAGUUCUAGAGAAGGCGAAGGAGACCUGCAGCAGCAAAUGGGUGAAUGAUGUGCUAAUGGAAGUGGUGGAAGGAGAUGCUAGGAAUGUCCUCUGUGAGGCCGUGCAGAAACACCACGCAUCCAUAUUGGUGGUGGGAAGUCAUGGUUAUGGAGCUAUAAAAAGGGCUGUUUUGGGCAGUGUAAGUGACUACUGUGCUCACCAUGCUCAUUGUUCUGUGAUGAUUGUGAAAAAGCCCAAGAUCAAGAAUUAAGCUCUCCAGAUGAAUGCAUGGACUGGUGCUCAUCCAUUCUAUUCUUUAAAGUAUUCCCCAUAUGACAUUAACAAUGCUGUAUCCAAGUUUUUAUUCUGCAGUGAGUCUAAAUUGUCUUGGCCUGUGAAUAUGCAUAAAAACAUCGCGUUUGAGAUUUAUAAAUAAAUAUCUCUUUAGCUUUCCCUUAA